AUGACGGCCUUUACGGAAGAGGAGUGGAGUAACGAGGUGAUUAAAGAAUUGACCAGAGUACUUAAACCAGGAGGCUGGUUGGAAAUAAUGGAAGGCGACAUGAUGUUCUACCCCGAAGGUCCCAAGGGAAAAAUCUUGAUGGAUGCUAUCCGAUCCACGCUCCUCUCGAAAUCCAUAAAUCCGAGAAUCUGUUCUCGACUUUGGUCGUGGCUAUCCGCAUCACCGCAACUGCAUAACCUCUCGCACGAGGAAAGGUCAGGUCCUAUUGGUAGUUGGGCCGGAGGAGUCGGCGAAUUAGCAUGUCAGGAUUUCUGCGACACGUUGUACGCCCUGCGAGGAGUUCUGACGGAAACUUUAGGGAAGAAAUCGGAAGAGUACGAUGAAAUGGUGACGGAAUUCGCUAAAGAAUGCAACGAAAACAAAGCAAGUUUCAGACAUUUUCGGUUCUUUUGUCAAAAGCUGGAUGCCUGA